GUAGAGAUUAUUGAAAGAAGAUAAAAAACGAGAAAUUUACAGAAUAUAUAUCUAUACCGGACUAAUGAGAAAUUUGCAGACACCCCCCCACCGAAUGCAUUAUAGCAUAAGAUUCUGUACCUGUGUCCCCCCUUAAAGGUAAAACUAAAACUGACGGCCCUCAGCUCCUAGCUUCAGAAACUGGGGUUUCACAAAAUCUGUACGGACACGACUCGUUCUUAAAAGCCUGUAUGUAACCAGUGAAGGCUCUACUAUAAAAAUGAAUAGAAUUAAUAAAUAGCAGCAAGCGAUGUUGAUGUUUUGAAGAGCCGAAGCCGAACGGGAUGAAAUCGUAGACCGGAUUUCAAGCAGAGCAAAAGCCUAUAUUUACUUACAUUCGUGCGCCAGGAACAUUCAAAUGAAAAUAUUAUCUAAGUGAAUCAUGAAGUUUCCCGUCAACGGAGCGUUUUUCUUUGCCAUCAUAGCUAUUUAUUGGUAUUAUUUUGAAUUUUGUCGGUACCAGGAUCUACCUCAGUUUAUGGGCGGUUACGUGGACCCGCGAUUUAAGCUAGUCGGAGAAACGUUUAGAAAAAACGUCAACAAUGGACUUGAAGUCGGCGGUGCCAUUGCUGUAUACUAUGAAGGAGAAUUGGUGGUGGAUAUGUGGGGAGGUUAUAUUGAUAGAGAGGUUCUAAUUCCUUGGAAGAACGAUACCUUAGGCCUCGUAUAUUCAUGUUCCAAAGGGAUCGGCGUUAUACUGUUGGGUAUCUUUGCCGAGAAGGGUUACAUUGAUUUCCAGGAACGAGUCAGUCACUAUUGGCCCGAAUUUGCUCAGAAUGGUAAAGAAUCAAUUACCAUAGAAAUGUUAAUCAACCACCAGGCAGGUCUUCAUUAUUUAGAAGAGCCACUGGAGAUGGAAUUAUUUAUUACAGAUUUUGACCAGUUUGCUAGCAAGCUUGCAUUGCAAAAACCUCACUGGACCCCCGGCACUCAAUUUGGGUAUCAUUGUUUUACGUUCGGAAUGUAUGUUGAUGUGUUGUUGCGAAAGGCAGACCCGUUGAAACGUCCAUUAGAACAAAUAUAUCGCGAAGAGUUGUUCAAACCAUAUGAUCUUGAUAUUUUCCAAGGAACUCCUUACUCGGAACAGUAUCGCACUGUAAGUGUCCUCACAGAAAAAUAUUGGUGGGAGGUCGUUGAUUCUUUCUUCGACAUCGUUCCUUAUAUUGCUUCCAGAAUUUUGUUUGCACCACACAUUUGUAAAGCUUCGACGGCGCUUCUUUUUAACCAGCUGACUGACAGUGACACUAAACUCAUUCCAUCUACUAGUGUCAAUGCUUAUAGUACUGCAAGAUCUUUGGCUAAGUUAUAUGGAAAUCUCGCCAACGCAGGUUAUAACAAAGGGAAAGACAUAUUGUCGAAGUCUAUCUUAAAUGAACUCACGAAAGUUAAGUUAUCAGGGACCGAUCAAGUCCUCCUGUUGGAAAGAGCUCUAGGUUUAGGGUUCAUGUUGCAUCCUCUUCCAAAAGGUGGAUAUAUGUUUGGUUAUGCUGGAUUUGGAGGUCAAGUAGCCUAUGGCGAAAUGACGAACAGAAUAAGCAUCGCUCACAUUACAAAUCAUUUGAACCCUAUCAUAUCAUUAAAUGACGAACGGUGGUCGUCUAUAAUCACAGCAAUAUAUGACUCUCUUGAGAAAAUCAAAAAACAUUAAUUAUUUUUAUUACAUUAAAUAUAUUGAUUUUUAUAAAUAAUUGGUUUAUCUUAAAUACCUAAGUAUAUAAGGGUGACAGAAGUGUUCUGAAGUGGUACUAAAUGCUUUGAUGCUUUUAGUUCCUUUGAUCUACAUUCAUAAUCCAAACUGCAUCAAGAUAAAUUUUGCCUCCCGUCCAUUCAGGUUCACGAGCGACAAUUAAUCUCAUACAAAAAAAAAA